UCUUCCAUCACCUAAGCAACACAAACUAUUCGCUCUAAAUACAUUCUUUUUAUCAAGAAAUAUUUUUAAGAAUCUUGUCAGUAAUUAAGAUUUCCAAAAGUUGGCCGAAAUGAAUGUCUAUUUUCUCAGUCUCAUUCUUACAGUCAUUUUAGUGAUUUCAUUCAACACUGAAGCACUUAGUCCUCACUACUACGACCAUUCAUGUCCACAAGCCGACCAAAUAGUCACCAAUGCAGUCAAGAAAGCCAUGUCAAAUGACAAAACUGUCCCUGCCGCGCUCUUGAGGAUGCAUUUCCACGAUUGCUUUGUUAGGGGAUGUGAUGCGUCAGUGCUGUUAGACUCGAAGGGAAAGAACAAAGCAGAGAAAGAUGGACCUCCUAACAUCUCACUCCAUGCGUUUUAUGUGAUUGACAAUGCAAAGAAGGCAUUAGAAGAGCAAUGUCCUGGUGUCGUCUCGUGUGCGGAUAUCGUUUCACUCGCUGCAAGAGAUGCUGUCGCUCUCUCUGGAGGGCCUACAUGGGAAGUGCCAAAAGGGAGAAAAGAUGGAAGAGUAUCAAAGGCAAUAGAAACAAGACAACUACCAGCUCCUACUUUCAACAUCUCUCAGCUGCAACAAAGCUUUAGCCAAAGAGGCCUUUCUAUGCACGAUCUUGUUGUUCUCUCUGGAGGACACACACUUGGAUUCGCACACUGCUCAUCGUUCCAAAAUAGGAUUAACAACUUCAGCACACAAAAACAGGUUGACCCAACAUUAAACCCAUCAUUUGCGGCCAGCUUGAAAGGAAUUUGCCCAGCCCAUAACAAGGCUAAGAACGCUGGAGCGACUAUGGACGGUAGCACGACAUCAUUCGACAACAUAUAUUACAAGAUGCUUAUGCAAGGCAAAUCGCUAUUCUCAUCAGACCAAGCACUUCUCACAACACCUUCUACAAAGAAACUUGUGGCCAAAUACGCAACUUCCAUGGAAGAGUAUGAGAGGGCUUUUGUGAAAUCCAUGAUCAAGAUGAGUAGUAUCAGUGGGAAUGGUAACGAGGUCAGGCUUAAUUGCAGGAGGGUCCGUUAGAGUCUCAGUCUCAGCAUUCAACACCAAGUUCAACAUUUUCAUGUCUUUGUUUUUCUAUCCAGGGCCGGCUCAGAUGUAUUGUGGACCCUAGGGCGAGAUUUAAAAUAUGCCCUUUAGUUAUUCAUUGGUCCAAAUUAAAUCACUCAAUUUUCAUUAUUUAUUUUUAUAUGUGUAUAAAACCCAAAUCCACAAGAAAAUUAUAAAAAUGAUGUACUAUCGUCUACCGCAAUGGUCCAUAAAGCCCAAUAUGUUGAACAUAAAUUUGAUGUUUUUCCUUUGACAUUGCCGACAAACAAUUAUAUUAAAAAUUUAAAGAGGAACUCGGUUGGAACAGUUUAGACAAGGCCCUUUAAUUAUUCAACGAUUGGAAUAUAUGGGCCCCUAUUGUACGUUGGUCUUGGCCCUUUUGUACGUGGACCCUGGGCGGAUGCACUGCUGGCCCCUGUCCUUGAGCCGGCCCUGUUUCUAUCUCAACAUUGGUUCUCUGUAAUUACGCCUUUCUAAUGAUUAAGGCCUCGAUCAUGUAUCAAAAUUAUCGUUCUCUUC